AUGAACAUGCAAUCCAUGUGGGAAGACAGCAAAAUUGCUGAACAUCCACCAUUUCCUAACGUAUCUGAGUCUAAAAUCAAAGAAAAUGUUCUUCCACAAUUAAAUCAAUGGGCAUUAGUCAAUGGUUUAGUCAUGCAACCAACUGGAUCAAAAUCUAACGAUUCAAGAGUCGCUCCUGUCACUUUAUAUCCAACCCCAAUUCCUCGUACUCUUUAUAAUGAAGCUAAAGACUUACAAAAGCACUAUAACAAACUAUAUGCUUCCAUCGCAAGAAAUGACGGAAACUGGUUAAGUAAUGAAAUUUCCAAGAUUAAUGACGCUAAUUUCACAAAAAAAUUAUAUGAAAUGUAUAAGAGAGUUGAAUCCAAGCAAGCCAUCAAAUUGGGUGUGUUUAGAUCCGACUAUCUUGUCACCAAGGACAGUAAAGAAAUUAAACAAGUCGAAUUUAAUACUAUAUCCGUAUCUUUUGGCGGUUUGAGUACUAAAGCCGGAGAAAUGCAUAAUUUCUUGAAUCAAGUUGGUUCUUACAUGGAUGACAGUGACUCAUUUUAUGAUGUAAGAGAACUUCCAAACUCUGAAUCUUCAGUAUUCUUAACCAGAGGUAUUGCAAAUGCUCUUGCUGUGUACCAACCUGAUCCAGCAAACAGUAAGAAAAAGGAAAACACUUUAGUUGCAUUCAUUGUGGAACCAAACGAAGUCAAUAUUUUCGAUCAAAAAUUAAUUGAAUUCAAUCUUUUAAGAUUAUAUGGUAUUCAAUGUAUCAGGCUAACUUUCGAUGAAGUGGCUACAAAGCUUGAAUAUUCAAAAGAUGGUAACAAGAGAUUAAUCUUAAAGGGUAGUGGUAAGGAAAUAGGUUUAGUCUAUUACAGAACUGGUUACACUGAAACUGACUACCACAAUGAGUCACACUGGAAAGCUAGAGAGUUCCUUGAAGCAAGUUAUGCAAUCAAGGCACCUGAUUUGAGCAUCCAAUUAUCUGGCGCCAAGAAAGUUCAACAACUAUUAACUGAUGAUAAGAUCCUUUCCAAAUUUGUUGAUGACGCAUCAAUUAGAAAAUCACUCAGGAAGACCUUUGUCAAAAUUUAUCCAUUAGAUGAAUCUGAAUUAGGGAAACAAGGCAGAAAAUUGGCAAUGGAAACUCCAGAAAAAUUUGUAUUGAAGCCGCAAAGAGAAGGUGGUAACCACAAUAUAUACAAGAGUGAUAUUCCAAAAUACUUGUCCGAAAUUAAAAAGGAAGAUUGGAAUGACUAUAUUUUAAUGGAAUUGAUUGAUGCAAAGGAAAAUACUGAAAAUUAUAUUGUCCGUGAUAAUGAAUUAAUAAAAGAACCAAUCAUCAGCGAACUUGGCAUCUACGGUUGUAUAUUAUUUGACAACCAAAAUAUUCACUCAAAUGAAUUUUCCGGUUCUUUAUUAAGAUCGAAGAUUGUAUCUUCCAAUGAAGGUGGUGUAAUGGCUGGACAUGCCGCGCUAGAUAGUAUGUGUUUAGUAUAA